AUGCAAUUCAUCAAGCUCACUCUCCUUACAAUCGCUACAUUUCUCUCCCUCGGAGAAGCAUGCAAGUGUUACGGAAGCAAGGGAAACCUCAACAACGGCGCAACUCACAAGUGUUGCCAAGACUACAAGGGUGUUUACUCUGGCAACGACUGCAAAGACGGCUCUAUUUCCGAACACCUCAGUGGAUUCGACCGCUGCUGCAAGGGACAGGGCUCAGACUGUGACUUUCCCCGCCUUGCCGCUGCUGACACCAAGAUGGUCAAGGCUACUAAGCACGUCGAGUUCAAGACUGCCCUUGCUGCUUGA